UGAAUACCCGCUCUAGGGAGCUGUCUGCCAACUUUACAACCAAAAGCUGGUUUAGUUGGCUGGUUAAUUGGUUGCAUUGUGUACAGGAAACCAGUUUUCACUAAUAUUUAUAAGCUGCAGUUAAUUUCAGUUCUUGUGCUUUAGAAGUGUCUUUUACUUGUGACCAGGAGACCCAGCUGCUCUAGAGGCGCUUAGACUGGGUCCCCACCUUCAGUGUGUAAGGGUAUAAUGUCUCUUGAAUAAGUAGAUUAGAAAAUAUCUACAAGAAGCAAGGUUCUUUUUAAAAAAAACCCAGGAAAUUGAUGCUUCCUGAUGUUUAUGUUGCUGCCGGAAGUGUUCAGAAAAUUUCAGCUUUCGUAUUUUUCGUGCAGUUACCACCCAGCAGUUUUCACUGAUUUCUGCAGAUGAAGUUGAAAAUAGUUUGCAAUAACAGAACUUAUGAGAUAGGAGCAAAUUGCUGCAGAUGCUGGAGAUCGCAGCAGGUCAGACAGCAUCCAUGGAGAGAGAGCAAGCUAACAGAAAUUAUGAACUGCCUAACAGAGAUGUAUUGAGCAAAGUAACUUGAUCAUUUAAAGCUAGGCAGCCAUGGGUCGGUGAAAGCUCUGAUUUUUUUCCUAUGUAUUUGAGAUGAACAUUGAUUUAACAAUGAUCUUGGUUUUAGUAGGCGCUGUUGGGGGGGAAAAAUUGCUCACGUUUCUACUGCUGCCUUAUGCAGGAAAUAUAGCGGCUAAUAUUGUGUGCAGCAGGCUCCCACACCAGCCAUGUGACAGUGGACAGAUAAUGUGUGUGUUUCUGAUUUGAGAAAUUAAUAUUGAAGAGGACACUGGGGAGAAUCCCACUGCUCUUCUUUGAAGUAAUAUUCAUGUAUUGUUUACAUCACCCAAAUCUUCAUCUUAAGAUAUUAGUGGAACAGUUGGGAGUUAUUGUACAGAAUGUAGGAAAAAUUAUGAAUUUUCUGAAUGCAGUUAGCUUAAAUUUCAGGGUGCAGCAUAGCCAUCAGGAGGCAUCAGUUUCCUGGGCCUUCUAAACUUGCUUAUUGAUGUUUUCUAAUAUUCCCACCCCCACCCCAUGUCUUUAUAAUCUAAUGGGACCAACAGCACAUCAGACAGUAUUGCACUCGUGUCUGUGUCAAUUUUCACACUCAAACCAGAAUAUUGGGAUUUGAAGCAGAAACCUGGACCUGAAGAUAUAUGUUGGCGAAAGGAACAAAACGGAAAUUUAGUGAACAUGAAGAUGGGCUGGAAGGCAAAGUGUCCUGUGGGCAUGGUCCUUCCAAGGUGUCGUACACCUUACAGCGUCAGGCUAUCUUCAACAUUUCCAUCAUGAAACUUUACCAGCAGCAGCCUUUAAUGGAGCCCAGCCUGAAGAAGACAGUAUUAAUUAACAACAUGUUGAGGCGCAUUCAGGAAGAACUGAAACGAGAAGGGAACUUGCGACCUGUGUUCAUUGCCCCCUCUCAGUCCAGUGACACACUGAAUGAUAAUUACAGAGACGUCCAGCCUGCCUUCAAUCAUUUUGCUUCCCCUCCUGCCCAGGUGACUAGCACCACACCUCCAGACUUGUGCCUGACACCAGCCUCUGUCCUGGAGGAGGAUGCCUUUAGCAGCUGUCACACUGUCACACUGGGUCCCAGCAAGCCACAGAACCAUUUACAGAAAGACACUUUCUCUUCAGCCUUGGAUGAAAUUGAGGAGCUGUGCCCAUCGUCGACCACCACGGACUCAAAGAUCAGCAGAGAGCAGUCGAGCGAAGGUGGCAAUGAGAAACCUGAAGAGGUACAAGAGAACAGACCGUCCGAGACCAGGUUCGCAGACCCUUUGCCAGGCAACUUUGAAAUUACCACCACAAGCUUUUUAACAGAUCUGACGCUCGAUGACAUCCUGUUUGCGGACAUUGACACCUCUAUGUAUGACUUUGACCCCUGUGCAUCUGCUACAGGACCAAGUUCAAAAAUGACAGCUGUCACAGCAGAUGACAUUUUGAAAACCUUAUCUCCCUAUAGUAGCCAAUCAGUGACUCCAAGUCAGCCUUUCAAAAUGGACCUUGCGGAGCUGGACCACAUCAUGGAGGUUCUAGUCGGGUCAUGAUAUGGCAGAGAAACAAAAGACUAGGAUUUUAUACAAUAUUUGCAGAUAACAUUUAAUUAUUAUUUUAAAAUGUGAUGGAAUCACUGCAAAUUCUGUGCAUGCCUGUAUAAAAUAACAAUUACACUAGAUAUUGUUUGUGUAGACUUGAGAAUGUUUUCAUGUGUGCCUUGUUGUAUGGUUUUCAAUGUUCUAUUAAUCAUCGCUUUGUUACUCUGAGUACUUGCUGUAAAUGAGGGUUAUGUUCGGAGAGCAGUCCUGAUGUGCUGUGCAAUGUAUGCACUGAGCUCAAAGGGCACGUGACUUUCUUUCUAUAACAGUAAGCCAGACUCUGAAAGUCUCAAUAUUUUUCCAGUUGUCUUUAGUUCAGACAUUCAUUUCAUUAUUAACUGUGGCUGUUUUAGACUAUAUUGUGUUUGUUUGUGUUUUAUUUUUGUACAGGAUUGGCAGUUGAUUGUAUCCUUUUCGGAAAUAGUUUUUGAUACACAGGAGAUAGCUAUUUUGCUAGGACAUGCUCUCCCUGAACUCCGCUAGGUUCAGGUGAACAAGAGUCACUUCUACUUUUUAUACUAAAAGAUAAGCUGAAUGUUAAUGUAGCAGCUGCAAGCAGAAUAUUCAUGCAACUGGGAUCUGUAAGAGGAUCUAAGAUAAUAAGCAUACUAUUAAAGAAAAGAUGUUCAGGAAAGAAAAGUGUAUCUUAAUGAACAGAACUUGUCAGGAAUAAUUGUCCCUUUCCCAGCGUGUUUGACUGAACCCUAAAUGCAUCACUUAGCACAUUACCUGUAUAUUCCUCAGAGAUGCUUCAAUGUUGGCAUCUUGUUCAAAGCUGUAUGAAUUGGACCGACAGGUUCAGAAUGUGUUGGUCCUGUCCUGUUGGUUAGAUUUGUUGAUACAGUCUAAGGUUUUGUGUUUCUUGUCCUGGACGUCUCUGGAAGCAGUGUGAAGAGCUUGGUGAUUGGCUGGACCAAUGGCGUAUUUCUUUAACCGAUGAGGUGGAAGAAUUGGAAAAAUGAACAGAGAGGAUGAACAGGGGGAGGAACUAGAGUGAGUGAUUUACUGUCAUACUAGAUACGCAAAGAGAAAUUAAGAAAGGAAUGAAAGUUUAAUAUGAGACGGUGGAAGAAAAGAGAAACCAAAAAAUAUUCACUUUUAGACAUUUAAAGAAAAAAAUCUCCUUAAACAACCUGAAGGAAUGGAUUUCCAAACUUGUUCGCUUUCUGGCCUAGAUAGGUUGACUUGAAGUCUUCGAGCAGUCAUUCUUGUUGUACAAAGGGUAAUUAUGUUGAUAAUUACUAGACCUAGUUUCCUGUGAGUUUAAGGAACAACUAGUACAUAAAUAUAAUUGCUUGAUGAAAAUCACAGGGAGGUUGAAAGCAACAUGUUGUUUCCAUGAAGCUAAUGGAAUGGCACAAAGCUUUUGGCAACUUGGAUUUUAUGUGAAAUCCCAUCUUUGCCAUGGGUUGAUGACAUUGACACACUGUCCACCACAUAGUCAGUAAAAUCUGGGUGCCUCUUGCAUUAUUCUCUACUUAUUCCUGACCAUCUCUUUAAUUCAUUGAUUCUGGAGUAAGAGCUGUCUGCAUGCUCCUCUCACUGCAACACAUCCAGUUUGCAUCCUAGUGACAUUCUGAUACCUAUGAAAGUGGGUGAAAUGAACAACGUCGAUGUCUUGUUUUGUCAGAAAGUGUACGUGCAACGACCUGGUGCAGUGCUGAACGUUCUUAGGUGUUGGGGAGGGUGUGGGGGUUGUUAGGAUCAGACCAAACGGGUUUCCAGUUGCUUGGUGGAACUGGGCGACGCAGAUUUGGUCAUGCCUUUUACUCCCAAGCUGCCCUUCCUCACUGGAAUUGCACGGUGUGAGAGCGGGUAUGCCUUUAUAAAAAUAAACAUAUCUUUAUAAAUUGGGGUUUCAAAGCAUCUUGACUGCAGCUGCAUUUUCUCUGACUGUAAAAUGCAGCAGUACACUAUAGCUCUAAAUGAGGCGGUGCUGGGAGUGGGGUUUUCAGUUUAAAAAUGUUCAGGAAACCAGCAGUAAAUUUUUUUUCUUUUUGUUGCUGAUUUUAAAGGUUCUAUUCUAGCCAGAGGAGUGCACCUGACUCCUCUUCAACUUUACCAAUUAUUUUCUCUUUUUUGCUCAUUUUAAAAAAAAAGCUUGUGUACAAUAUUCAGAAAAUGGUUACUAUCGGAGGUGCUUUCUGCACUUCACUGUUGGCUGUGAUUCUGUGGAUGCCUUUCUGCUGCAAUUCCAGUGAACCUUUCCCGAGCCUCUACCCCGAAGCCAGCCGUGGAACUCUCUGUUGUGGUGCUUCAUUUUGUAUUAAUCUCUAGCCAGGUUUCUGAAGAACAAUUGCUCUCCUCCUUUUCUGCCUCCCAACCACCACUUCCCACUUUUUAGUUUUAAACAAUCAAAUUUCAGGCCAAAAUCUGAACUCGAUGCAUGACUUUUACACUGAGUGUAAUUAUGCUUUCUCCGGCUUAUAUUUAUGCACAAGCAUAUUUGGUAUUUCUUUUGUAGCUUGCUUUAAAGAUGAUUGGAAUGUACUAUGCCUAAUGCCAAAUUAUGUCAUUGCAUUCUAGAUUUUGUUAUUUUUUAAUGGUACCAUAGAAGUUGUGUGGAAACUACAACAUUGUAUUGUUGCAAUGCAAAUGGCUAAUUCAGGAGUCAAUCUUUUUAAAUUAAUUUAUUUAAGAAUGUUUGUUUAAAUUAUGUUUGGUAUCCCAUGUUGUGUUAUCUGUUAAAAUUCUGCUCUUUGUCCUUGCAAUGAAAUUUGUUUGCUGUAAUUGUGACUAUCUUUGGGUUUUUAUGUUGAAAAUUUGAAACUUUUUACAAACAAGAUGAAGGAACAGCCAAUGGUUGGGCUUUAUUUGGGCCUAGUUUCAGACAGUGUUUUCCCCUCAAAAGCUAAGGCUUAGAAUGUGUGGGUUGCCACCAGAAAUGGUUAUGUGUAACAAUGUAAAGUUUCAGCUUACAAGAGUUAAAGAAUUGGGCAAAUUCUCUUGUCCAGUUAGAUGAAUCUGAUAAAUUAUUGAGCUUUGAAUUAAUCUGGAACUAACCUAAAACUGAUUCCUUCCUUGAAACGUAUUCACUAUGCAGUUUAUAUCCUGUCUGAUUUUAAGAAUAUUAGGACUUCCAAAAUAACAUUUAGAUUUAAUGCAGUGUUUUAAUGGGGAUUUUUAUUAAGCAUACUUGGAAGUGGCCAUUUCAAAAUGGUGCCAGUGUACAAAAGCUGUUUAAUGUAAAGUGUACAUUGUUUGGACAGAGCAGGUACAGUAUGAACUCAAGGAUCAUGCAGCAAUUUCUCGCUGGUUCCUGGAAGGUAACACCACCAAGAACAGAAUAGAACAAAAGCCUUUAGGUUGUGAAGUGAUAUCUCUCCUCAUACCUUAUUUAUUCUCUUUGUAAAUAUAUUUAUUUUUAUUGUGUAGCCAACAGAAUCUGUUAAAUGGAUUUGAUGUGUACAGAAUGUAUGUCUCGUAGGAAUGUACAUUUCUAUGCUGAAUAGUGGAAGCCAUAAUCCGAGAGAUUGUUGUGUCCAAGUUGCCUUGAGGUUCCCUCAAGUGCUUUUGACUUUGGUCAAAGCAGCAACACCCAGAAUGUCGGGCCAACCUUGGAACUGUGCCUUUUUCUAUGCAAUAUUUCAAAAUGGACAUCUGAAAGCAAGGUUACUGUACUCACAGAAUUUCAAACUGUCAUUGACUCAAUGCAAUUAGACAAAUGUAGGUGGAGUUGAGCAAUCUUACUUUUGUAGUUUUCUAUUUGACAAUAAACUGUAAAAUCAA